GUCUGAACCGGAAGUGCACGUUGCUCUGGAAAAAAAUAUCUAUGAAAAUCUUUGGUGAUUUUGCUAUUUUUUGUGGGAGUUCGAGAGCAUUCACAGUUGGUUUGAACAGACACAUCAAAACUACUGUGGGCAAAGGGAGAAUCAGGACACGCCUUUUUACUUUAACAUUCCAGCCGCUGAAAGUCAUGUCAGCCGCUAGCUCCACCUAUAGGCCAAAACCACUUGUGUUUAGUGGUCCAUCUGGCUCUGGAAAGAGUACACUGGUGAAGAAGCUUAUGGGAGAAUACAAAGACUGCUUCGCAUUCAGUGUUUCGCAUACAACAAGGAAGCCAAGACCUGGAGAGCAGGAUGGAAAGGACUACCAUUAUGUGAGCAAGGAGUCUAUGGAAGUAGCAAUAAACAAUGGAGAAUUCAUAGAGAGUGCAUGUUUCUCAGGGAAUCUCUACGGCACUAGCAAGAAGGCGGUGGAAGAGGUAGCAAAGACUGGAAGAAUAUGUAUACUAGAUAUUGAUAUGCAAGGAGUCAAAAGUGUCAAGAAAACAGAUCUUAAUCCUAGAUAUAUUUUUAUAAAACCACCAAGCUUUGAAAUUCUGGAGAGUAGGUUACGUGGCAGGGGAACUGAAAAUGAAGAUAGUUUGAACAAAAGACUCACUACAGCCAAGGAGGAACUAGUCUAUGCUGAACAGAAGGGAUCCUAUGACUUUAUCAUCAUAAAUGAUGACCUAGAAACUGCCUAUGCACGCUUAAAAGCUAUAUUAAAUGAGGAUAUAGAAAAUUUACAAAAGAGUCGGCAAUCUUAGAUUUGGAUAUAAAUCAAGUACAAAGCAAUCUAGUGAACUCAGACAGUUAAAUAAGUAUAAAUACCAUAUCUGCUCUAGGAUAAAUACCAUAUUUGGUCUUGGAUAAAUACCAUAUCUGGUCUAGGAUAAAUACCAUAUCUG